AUGUUAACAAUACUUCAUUUUGAUUGUUAAAUCUCUUCAGUAUCACAUAUAUUUACUCUCUAUGAUGAUUCGAUUGAAAUUAAAGGCCCAUAAUUUCUCAUGGAAAUAGCUAUUAAUUACAAGAUCAAAAUAAGAUGGGAAAUAUCUGAUAAAAGAAUAUUGUCACUUCAAAUUAAGGAUUUACUCAUUCUUGCAAAUUAAGAUGAUCUUAUUCAAUUAAAAUAACACCUUGAUGGAAGAGUAAUAUACUUAGGAAUAUAAAAUAUUUAUGAAACCAUGGAAUUACUUUCAGCCAAAGAAAAUAGUAAAGUAGCUUUCUAACUUUUAUUAAGGUUUGUCAACUUGAGGAAAGGUUCACAAAAGCCUGCGUUUGUUGUAAAGCCAUGCGUAAAGAUGCUUAUGAAAUAGAACAAUUACAUCAAUAAAUAUUGAUAUUGUAUAAGUUAUAACAAUAUUCAUGCUUUCCCAAGAUUUAUGAAGUAUAUGAAUCAAAAACUCAUAUCUACAUAGUUUAAGAAUUAAUGUUUAAACAUUUAAGCGUAGAUCUAAUGCAUGAAGAAAUUUAAAUAAUUAUAUACGUAUUAAUUAUUGAUAUAAUGAAGGAAUUAUUAAAGAUUAUUAAAAUAUUGAUAGAGAAUAAAAUUUAUUACUCAAAGAUAAAGUUAUCGAAUUUAAUGUUAGAUAAGAAAGGUAAUCUAAAAUUAGUUGGAUUUUGUUGUGCUUAAUAAACAAAUGAAAUAGAUGUUGAAAAUUACUUAGCUAACAUUGGAAAUAUCAUGAUGAAUCUGUAUUUCUUAAAAUAUUGAUACUUAGGUAUGGUGUCAAUGAUAGUUUUAAUUCUCUUCCAAUCAUUGCUGAUAAGGGAAAUGAAUUUAUUGUAGGUUUAAUGAAUCCUAAUCGUGAUUAUAGAUUUAGUUAUGAAGAUGCCAUGAAACAUGAAUAUAUUACAAAUAUAUUUUGUGAAACGAACUUAAUAAUCAAGAAAUCUCCAAAUCCAAAAUUAAUUACAGAGGUCACAGAAUCUUUAACUUUAUACUCUAGGAAUGGUUCUUACUUUAAAAAAUAAUAAUGA